CAUCAGGAGGGGGCGGAGCAAUUGUACAGCAUAUAAGAAACCCUUCCCACAGUUAUAAACGUUUUAUAAUCGGACAGAUCUCAGAUAAAGCAGAGAGGAUCUGCAACCGUCCAUCAUUCAUGAUGGCUCCUGUUGAGGUGGAGAAUCCAGAUGAGGCCAAAUCUACUGCCAAGACCAAAGUAGCUACAGGACUAGAGAGCAUUGCUCCUCUUAUAAGCACAGUAGAGGAAACCCCUGAACCAAUCACCACCACAAUUAAAGGCUCUAUCCCAGCCUGGAUCAGUGGUAAUUUCCUCCGCAAUGGACCAGGGAAGUUUGAGUUUGGAAAUACGCACUACAACCACUGGUUUGAUGGGAUGGCCAUGCUGCACCAGUUUAAGAUCCAGAACGGCCAGGUGACAUAUAAGAGUCGCUUUCUACAGAGCGACGCCUACAAGAAGAACAGCGAGCGGGAUCGCAUCAUGAUGUCAGAGUUCGGUACCCUGGCGAUGCCUGAUCCAUGUAAAAACUUCUUCCAGAGAUUUCUCUCUCGCUUUGAGAUGAUUGGACCUAUGGACAAUGCAAAUGUGAGCUUUGUGAAAUACAAGGGUGACUACUAUGUCAGCACAGAGUCAAAUUUCAUGCACAAAGUGAACCCGGAAAACCUGGAAACGUUGGAAAAGGUUGAUUGGAGCAAGUUCAUUGCUGUGAAUGGAGCUACUGCUCAUCCCCACUACGACCCAGACGGCACCACCUACAAUAUGGGCAACUCCUAUGGAAGCAAAGGAGCGCUGUACAACAUCAUCAAAGUCCCCCCUGAGAAAACAGAAAGAAAAGACACCCUGCAGGGAGCCAAAGUCCUUUGUUCAAUUGUUCCAGCAAACAAGUCCCAUCCCUCCUACUACCACAGCUUUGCCAUGUCCGAGAACUAUGUGGUUUUCAUCGAGCAGCCAAUUAAGAUGGACCUCCUGAAGAUAGUCACCUGCAAGAUCAGAGGAAAGGCUUUGAAUCAGGGAAUAUACUGGGAUCCAAAGCUGGAAACUGUUUUCCAUCUCAUUGACAAGCGUUCAGGAGAGGUCAUUCCCAUGAAGUAUCACACCAAAGCCAUCUCCAUCUUCCAUCAGAUCAAUGCCUUCGAGGAGGACGGCUUCCUGAUGCUGGAUAUGUGCUGCUCAGAUGGCGGCCAGGCCAUCAGCAACUACCUCAUCCAGAACUUACGCAAAUCAGGAGAGGCACUAGAUGAACUGUAUAACACCAGUGACAGGACUUUCCCACGGCGUUUUGUUCUGCCCCUAAAUGUGACCAGUGACACCCCAACAAACCAGAACUUGAACACUCGGCCUUCCAGUAAAGCAACAUGCAUCAAAAUCAGUGUCAACAAGGUUUUCUGCCAACACGAGGAUCUCCAUGGAGAUGACCUGUAUGAGUACGGUGGCCUGGAGUUCCCACAAAUCAACUACAGCAAAUUUAACACCAGACCAUAUCGUUACUUUUACGGCUGUGGCUUCAGACACAUGGUGGGAGACUCCCUGCUCAAGAUGGACUUGAAGGACAAGACACUUAAGGUCUGGCAACAGAAGGGUUUCUACCCAUCAGAGCCGGUGUUUGUGCCAUCGCCUGAUGCUACGGACGAGGAUGCUGGAGUCAUUCUGUCAGUGAUUCUCACACCUUCACAGGAUAAAGGGACAUUUCUCCUGGUUUUGGAUGCAAAAACGUUUGAGGAGCUGGGAAGAGCUAAUGUGCCUGUUAACAUGGCUUAUGGCUUCCAUGGUGCCUUCUCCGCCUCUCCAUAAACCACUGCCUUCUACAGUAACAGCAUUAAAGUUACUCCAUAUAAUGCAACUGGUACAAAUCAAGUAGUACGCAAAAAUAAACAGUAUUCCGUAGGCCACAAAGUUGCUGUUACAAUGUGCACUUACUUUCUUAGCUACACCUUCUAGCACUUGUGUUUGUCUUCAGAGUUGUUUUAAUUCUUCAUGGCGCACUUUCAGCAAAGUGUCCGAAACAAUCCGCAAAGGUUUUUGUCAUGAUGUGAAUCUUGUUGGAUGUAGCAGCUCAACUCAAGACUCCUCUGAUCUGAUCUGUUAUUUUGUCAUUUUAAUGAGCAGGUAUGAAUUGCAGCCGUAGUUUCUUGUUCUUAGCUGACAGCAGUGGCACCCAUUGUGGUUUGCAGCCUUUUCCCUUGAAGGUACGAUAUGUCAUGCAUUCAGAGAUGCUAUUCAGUUUUUUGAAACAUUCAGACAAGCCUCGUCUGCAACCAAAAUUAUGCCAUCUUCAAAUUCACUUCCGCUAUUUUUCCCAUUCUGAACUUCAGGAAGUCGUUUUCACCACGUCUAAAUGUUUACAAGCACCAAGUUGCUGCCAUGUUUUGGCUGAUUUGCCUUUUGUCUCGCGCAAUUGAAAAAAUUUGCCUAAAAAGAUGCCUGCGCGUGAACAAAUGUUUAAGCGAUUCACUUUUUAUACUGACUAAAUGCUACUAACAUAUCAUUUGCUUUCUUGAAAUUUUUGCCUAUAAGCCUAUUAACUUAUUUUCUUUCCUUUUUACACAUUAGCUCAAAACUGACAAGUUGUUCCUAAGGACGCAGUAGUAUUAAAUAAGUUGCCAAAGUCAAUUGCCUUUGUACAAUUUUUUCUUUACCAUUUUUGUACUUAAAUAUUUGUAUUCACGUCUACAUUUUCUAUCAACGAAGUUAUAAUUAAACUUUUAAUUCGCUAA